GCUGUUAAAACGGAAUCCAGCAAUCGUCGCCAUCACCGAACCCACUGAUCGGGUUUUAAACAGCAUAAGUUACAUACUUCAGCUUUAAUUUCAAAGCUACAACAAACCCUGCUUAAUUAAAUGCCAAGAAGAAAUGGAGUUUGCUUGCACUAACAUAAUUUCUAUGACAAAAGCCAAUAGGCAAAAAAGAACGUAAAAAGAAAUUGAACACAACUAUAUAUCAUCAUGUAUAAUGCUACAGGGCAGCCAAAGCAGUACAAACCUCUUUUACAAUAAUAAAGACAUUGGCUUUACCCACCCAAAGAGAUGCACUAAGGUGUGGUAAGUAACUCACACCGGUUGCGAGCCACCACAACGCACUAAGGUAUUAAAUGUCAAGUUAAUUCAGGAGAAGCUUCAAUACAAAAGGGGUGGUCCCCUUCGAGCAUCUCACUCUGCGACUCUUUUAGCAUGCCUCAAUACUGGAUGUUAGCUGCUCGCUAAAAUAGAGGACAAUAGGUGUAAUUUUGGUCAAAAUGUGGGACAUUCCUGUUAUGUUUUCAGGAGAUCAAGGGGAAGAAAGGCCAGGUAAAAUGAAUGUGAUACUUUUAAUAAAACGUCUUAACACACAACACAUGAACAUGCGGUCUCAUUCUUCUUCUUCUACUCUACAUUCUUUCUUACUCUAUGCAGUUAUGUCAUAAUCCCCUCUAGCGGUCUCAGUAGGAAUAGCACAUAACAACAGGACACCACAUCCCCCCAUUACGUAAAAGGAUUUCUCCUGUUGUAAAAUAACUCAGGAGUAUUACAGACUCUCCACACACGGACAAACUUCUAUGUAACUAACAACUACAUUUAUUACAGUAAUUAAGUAAUUGUAAUUACAUCAAAUAGCUUCUAACUCUCAGAAACGUUCCACUCCUCAACUCAGAAAAUAAAAUUUGCAGCAAUAUACAGUAAUCAGCAACCAUAUGAGAAGUACACACAUACAUUCAGUUAUACAUUCAGACAUACACCUUUAUUUACUCUCAUAGUCUUUCAACCAACUUGGUGGUUUACGCUGUCUAGCAGAGCGUCGUUCAGUGUUCUGUACUGUAUCUGGUGCAUUUGUAACUGAAACAUCAGCCAUAAGCUGAUCUGAAACCUGUGACAGGACAUCUGGGACUAAUGAUAAGUGAGAAGAAUGCCACAAUCGUCCAUCUAACAACAAAUACAUGCUUGGACCCACCAGUUUUGUAAUUUUCACUAGCUGUGUGAAUUUUGAGUGUCCUUUGGGGACAUGUGUUGGUUUGCGUACACGCGCUAGGCACUCGUGCCCCUCGUUUCACAUCACAGUAUUGCUUAAUUUUUCCUGACGGCUUGACACUCACUGUCUGACUUCCUCAUUUCGUGAGGUGCUGAAAGGAGAUGUAAGAACAGUGAGCUUGGUUUUCAUGCUUGGUUCUCAUCUUUCUGCCGUGCAACAGUUCAAAUGGUGAAACACCAGUCAUUGCAUGUGGAGUAGAGCGGUAAGUUUGCAGAAAGUCCAAAACAGACUCAUUCCAAGGUUUGUUUUGCAGCAUGGCCAUUUGUACACAGUCCUUAAGAACCCUGUUGAAUCUCUCCACAGCUCCAUUGGCCGCAGGAUGAUACACUGAAGUUCUGGUGUGGAUGAUAUUGUGUUCUUCCAAGAAUGCACUAAAGACUAUAGAGUCACCACUAUAGGUGAAUCCCAGGGAGAUGCAUCAAUCUGUUCUAUAACUCCAGCAGAGAGUAACCUGUCCAGUUCAGCAGACACAGCUGUUCUCACUGAGAAUGUUUUUGUAGAUCGCUUUGACUGCCGGGCAUUCUGGAGCAUUCGCUAGAUGCUUCUCUGAGCCACAGCGGAAGCAGGUGCAUGCAGCAGAAGUUGCUGACAGAGCAGCCGAGCAUGAGCCAGCUGGUCUCGUUCUAACUUCCACUGCCCCGCGUCUAUGCUCCUUGAAAUCUCUUUGAAGUCGCACCAUCUGCACAGAUCUGGUUCAAAGAACACCAAAGCAGAUGCGCUAUCCCGCUUGCACGACACACGCUCCUUCCACCAGUACUUCUACAUACUCCGGUGAGGUGGGAAAUUUUGGAUGAAAUCCAGCAUGGCCAAACCACCCAUCCUCUGCUCAAUAACUGCCCACCAGAAAAGGUCAAAUGGAGGAGUCAGGAGGCAGUGGAACAAUCAACAUUGCUGAGACGGCCUGGAACCAUACCGACUUCCUUGUCUCCUAUCCUCUCCUAAAAAUCCCACCAUCCUCCCCUCCCAUUGCCCUUGUACCACUCUCCUCUCCCAGUCAACCUCUUAACAUGUCAAUCAACAUUCCCUCGAACACCAGCAAUGGAAAGGCGAGUGUUGACGACACAAUAAUAAGCAACAGCGGUGGAGCAGUCACUGGUGCUGUGAUCCUUGGCCUUGUUUUUUUCCUUGGUGUCCCCGGCAACCUUUUCAUUGUCUGGAGCAUCCUGGCUCGAGCCCACCGCCGUUCCAUCACAACCCUCUUGAUCCUAAACCUAGCCUACGCAGAUGGAUUCAUCAUGCUCCUGACACCUUUUUUCAUUGUGUAUUUAGUUAAACGCAGCUGGAUUUUUGGCCUGGCGCUGUGCAAAAUUCUCUUCUACCUUUGUUGUGCCAACAUGUAUGCUUCAAUAUUUUUGAUAAUGCUAAUGAGUCUGCACAGACUUGUUGCUAUAGUGUGGCCGAAACGUCCUGGUGCCCUAACAGAAAGAAGGAUGGUCAUGAGGGCGCUGGUGGUAUUGUGGGUUCUUGCUCUGGGACUCUCAAUGCCCCCUUUAGUUUUCCGGACUACAGCAGAGAAUCCCAAAGAGCCUCAGAGUCUUCCGUGUGAGUGUAAACACUCAAAACGACAAUAUGUGGCACUGCAGUACUGUCUGGAAACUGUGCUGGGCUUCUUGUUGCCGUACGGGGUGAUCAUAGGUAGUUACACGUGUAUCCUGCGCAGAAUUCGCAAGACCCGGUUUCGUAGGCGUAUCCGCAGUGAGAAACUCAUCCUGGUGAUUGUCAUCACCUUUGGCCUGUUCUGGCUGCCUUACCACAUCAUAAACAUGGUGCAGGUUGCUUCUACUUUAUAUCCAGAUCUUUCCCCUGCAAAAAAAAGACUAGAUCAAAUCUGGACAUCAUACCGGGCUCUCACCUCCACUGUGGCUUUUGUCAGCAGCUGCAUAAACCCUGUUCUUUACACCUUUGCUGGAAAGUCUUACAUCCGACGUAACGGCCUGGCCUUCAUGGCGCGGCUGUUUGAGGGAACAGGGCUUGAGUCCACACGUAAGAUCCGGCGAAGCAAUCAGAACAGUCGAGACCGAGAAAAAGAGGCAGAUGAGGGAGAAAGCCUCAAAGACAAAGAUUCAGAUUCUACCACAAGUGUUAAUGCUAACACUGGUGUUAAAGUUGCACCACAGAAAAAUGGGAAAUUCCAUAACAUGCAUUUUCAGUAGGCUUUUGAUGAGAAAAUUCAAUCUACAGUGGCAGUGUUGGCCUUGGUUCACAAACUUACGAAUGAAUUUAUGUCAUUUAAGACUGACUGAUGCUGCAACCCCCCCCCCCCCACAC